CUCUUUCUCCCCAUUUCUCUCUCUCUCUCUUUCUCCCCAUUUCUCUCUCUCUCUCUCCCUCUCUUUCUCCCCCUUUCUCUCUCUCCCUCUCUCUUUCUCCCCUUUCUCUCUCUCUCUUUCUCCCCCUUUUUCUCUAUCCCUCUCUCUUUCUCCCCCUUUCUCUCUCCCUCUCGUUCUCCCCUUUUCUCCCUCUCCCUUUCUCCUCCUUUCUCUCUCUCCCUCCCUCUCUCUCUCUCUUUCUCCCCCUUUCUCUCUCCCUCUCUCUUUCUCCCUUUCUUUCUCUCUCUUUCUCCCCCUUUCUCUCUCUCUCUCUUUCUCCCCAUUUCUCUCUCUCUCUCCCUCUCCCUUUCUCUCUCCCUCUCUCUUUCUCCCCCCUUUCUCUCUCCCUCUCUCUUUCUCCCCCUUUCUCUCUCUCUUUCUCCCCCUUUCUCUCUUUCUCUCAAACCUGUGGCUCUUUAAAAAAAAGUGGGGAGGAUUUAGACAGCAUCAUGGGGGUGGGGUGCCCAUACCGGCCGCUUUUAGCUCUGUUGGCUGAACAGAGCCUCCAUGUCCAAGAGCAGACUAUCCCGCAAGGCGGGGACAACCAACGAGGAAUUGGUCCUCUUGCUGGUGGGCUUCCCCGAAGCAUCCAGUUGGCUGGUUUUUGUUUUGGCUGGUUUUGUUAGGAGAACAAGUUGCUGGUAUGGACGGACCGUCCUUCGUGCCCUGGUCUAGGGGGUUGUUUGUUGGGGGGGGGCAGGAGGCUUCCUGAAAGCCGGCAGCAUCCCCUGCAGUGGGGUCUCUCUCCGGCCUGUCCCCAGCACUGCUGCCUGCUCCAGCGGCCGGGCUCUCCCUCCCUUCCUUAGGGUGGGAUUGAACAGUCACAUGAGCCCGCUGGAGUCCUUCUCUCUCUGUGUCUGUCUCUCUCUGCCAGCAGCUACUGUCUACAGCACUCCCCCUCGGAGCCUGGUUCCUCCUGCUCUGCCUGGACCCCCGACCCCCCCCCCGGCUCCUGGGGUGGGGGCAGCCACGAUGCACCUGUAACCUCCCCCUGUGCCGGCUCAUUGAGCCCCCAGGUGGGGAGCAGGAUGGACCGAAGAAGGCAGAGAGGGGCCGCCGCGGGCACCGGGCUCUCAAUGUGCCCUUGUCCUCCAGGCACAGUGCCCGGCGGCCUCUGAGCUGCCACCGUCUCCCUUACGGCUGGGCAUUUUGGCUGACUUUUCCUCUCCUUUGGGUGGGCUGAAUUCCACCACCACCACCACCACCCCAUUCCGGUCGACCGAAGAACCCGCGGAGCCCUGCUGGCCGGCCGGACAACUUUGGCAAAGUGUGCCCUCUGUCCCAGGCGGGCCCCCUUGGGGUGGAGGGGCAGCCUCACCCCCCCACCCACCCCCGGUGGAAGCCUCCUGGGCACCGCCAUGACCAUCCCUUGCCACGCUCUUCCGCUGCUCCUGGUGACAACCCUGCAGCUCCAGUACUGCGCCUCAACGCUCGCGAUCCCUCCAAGUGACAGGACGAACGUAUCCGGGGAAGUGAUCCCAUUCUUGGACGUGUACAACCGCAGCAGCUGUCAGCCCCGGGAAACGAUGGUGCCUGUGGCCGCCGAACACCCGCACCUGGUCAGCCACAUCGCCGUGCCCUCGUGCGUGCUGCUGAAGCGUUGCGCCGGCUGCUGUUCCGACGACACGCUGGACUGUGCGCCCGAGCAGACGCAUGAGCAGCGCAUGGAGGUGAUGCUCACCCGGUUAUCCCAGAGCCGUCUACAGCAGCUGACUUUUACAGAGCACACCCAGUGUAUAUGCAGACCAAAGACAAUACUUUUAAGAUCCAAUGCAAUCAGCCGUUCCUGCGCACCCUGUCGGAACAAGAAGAAGCAGCUCAACCCACAAACGUGCAACUGUGUCUGCCGGCGGCGUGAAUCCGAGCGUUGUGUGGCCCGGGGUCUGGUUCUCAACAAGGCCACCUGCAGGUGCAAGGGACUGCGCAGACGAUCGCCCAACAGGAGAGCGGAAAUCGUGCCGUAGCUGGAUCGGAACCCAGGACGGGAAGGACUUCUUGGUUGGCGACGAGCUCACUCUGCCAGAAACGGAACGGGUGAUUCGUUCAGGAGGCUUCCAAUGGAUUCCAGGAAAGGAGAGAUCCUUGUCUUACGGCACUUUGGAUUCCCUCUCUUUGUAGUGCGCUGAAACGGCGUCACGCAGAGCUGUUAACACGCUCUCGCGGAAGGCACGCAGGCCUCCCCCAGCCUUAGGACAUUGAGAAGUGCUCCGUCCGUAUUCAAAACCCCUCCAAGGGCCUCUUAUUUCUCUUCCUUGCCUGCCGAUGCGUCUUUUAAUUUAAUGCCUCUCUCUGUUGAGAGAUCCUUGCCUUGUUUUCCCACCCGCCCGCCAUUUAGGGUGUGUUGUAUUCGCUCAUACACCCACUUCCUCCAUCUAUUUGCGUUGGAGAAGGGUAGGAAAGUUUCAAGGUUCCACCCCCCCCCCGGGAUGCAAACAAGACCCUCUCAUAUGCUAUGGUGAUGGUGACACUGUGAUCCCCGCUUGUACUUCCUGCCCUGCAGUUCUUGUAAGGAAUAGUAAUAUUGAUCUUCAUAUCCAUCCAUAAAGAUCUCCCUCUUAA